AUGGCAAUGUCCCAGAUUACUAGCGAUGAGUUCGUCCCUACAGUACAAAUUGAAGGUGUGCAAACAGUGUUACCCACGUUGGCGACUGAUCCAAGAGAGAUAUGCCUAGUGUCAGUGAAGGACCCUAUGGGCUCAGAUGUUUUCCGGGGGUGCCUUAACGUAGUCCUUUACUACAAUAAGGCCGUGGAGGAAGAUUCUGGCUGGGUAGUUGCCGGAUGGAUUAAGGAGUCCCUGGGGAGGGCAUUGACUGACCAGCCGAUGCUUAGUGGACGACUACGGAGAGGUAUAGAUGGUAAUGGAGAACUAGAGAUGGUAUCAAAUGAUAGUGGAGUUAGACUUGUCGAGGCAAAGAUUACAAUGACUUUGCAAGAGUUUCUUGGUUUGGAAGAAAGGGAAAAACUAGAAGGUGAUCGAUUAGUCUUUUGGAAGCAUAUUGAUGAACAAAAUCCCCAAUUCUCUCCGCUACUCUAUGUUCAGGUAACCAACUUCCAGUGUGGUGGUUACUCAAUUGGGAUUAGCUCUAGCCUUAUUUUGGUAGACCUUUUAAUCGUGGAAAACUUCCUCAUGAGGUGGGCAAGUAUUCAAAAGAAUUUACUCUCCAAAUAUGAUGCCCUCAAAAUGCCCAUAUUCUACCUCCCCAAUCUCAAAAACACUAGCUUGUCUCCUUAUAACGCCAUUAUCCCCACUCCUAGCAAACACAGUGGCCAAACAAUGAUAUUCAAGAUCGCAGGCGACAGCGAAAUUGGGGGUGUGAAGAACGAUUUAUGCAAGAAGGCUGCAUCACAUUGUAUUGCGGAGGCAGAGCACAAACUGGGUGGUGAAAUAUCAUCAGGGUUUUCUUUGUUUGUGAAAGAAUCUCCUAAGGUUUUAAGGGUCCAAAAUUGCCAGAAAAAUGAGCUUGUUAAGUCUCAUCAGAACCUGAUCAGUACUCAAGUCACCUCUUCAAGUUUGGAUGAUAUGGGGAUCAAGGAAUUAGCUUUCCACGAUGGCAAUAAACCUGCUCAUGUUUCUUCUUGGAUUGGAUCGGUGGUUGACGGACUUGUAAUGGCAAUUCCAUCUCCUAAUGAGAAUGCUUCUUCUGAGGUCAGCCUUAUAGUUACAAUCCCUGAAAAGAGUUUCAAGUAA